UCGACCAGGCGCCCAAAGAAUACCCUCAAACAGACACGUCGACACGCACGCAGCGCCAUGGUGAGCUUCCGCGAUCCCUACGCGGUCUUGGGCCUGGACUCCAAGAGUGACGAGCGCAAGGUCAAGGCAGCCUACCAUCGGGAGGCACGGCGCUGGCACCCAGACAAGCAGGACCCACAGGCGGACACCACCGCGCGCUUUCAGCAGGUGCAGCAGGCGUACGAGCAGAUCCUGGCGCAACGAAUUCAGAAGAGCGCACAGCCCAAAGAGCCAAGCGCUACGCCCGCUACGCCUACACCUCCUGCUCCGCGCAAGGAGAAGCGAGACGCGGCCGGGCGCGGGGCUUGCGGGGAAGUCGCCGGCGCGGCGCCGGUCGGCACAGAGGAAGAGCGCCGGCGCCGGGUGGAGGAGCACAUGCAACGAGAAGCCGAAGCCUUUCUCAGCGGCAGUGCUGCACCAAAGGCGCCAGAUGUGAGGCCUUCAAAGGCUUCGCUGCAUGAUAUGCUCCAGAAGGCCCAGGAGAGGCAGAAGAAGCAGACGGAGAGCAUCCAGGAACGGCUUCGCGAGUGGAGUGCAAAGGUGGAGCGAGCGGGCCAAAGAAAGGUUGGCGACAGCCGGGACAGCAAGCGCCAGUCCCCGAGACGAGCUCAACCUGAAGUGGCGCUGACUUCCAAAGGCCCCACGCCGAGGCCCACUUCGCCCAUGCUGCUGGGGCGGCUUCGAUCCAGGGAGACGCAAGGUAUCGAGGAAGAUCUCGAUCUGCAGCAGCUUCUGGAGGGCAAUCGCCUGGCCGUGUGCAGGUGGUAUGUCUUGUUUCGGCUGGUGCUGCUGAUGCACCACCGGGAGCGCGCCAAAGCUCGACUCCAAAGCGCGCUGAGGUAAUUCGCAACUGGCGCAGGAGCCUCCCACACUUGUGCAGGAGACUCUCCGGAGCAAACUUGGCGCAAUAACUUCCAAUUGCUCAAGAGCUCUUAUUUCCCCCUCUUGGUUGUA